CCUUUCGGGAAACAUUCCUUUUCCCUUCCGAAUUCAAUUUUCAAGUUCUCAUUUUUCAACCAUUCGUCCCAAAAGUCGACCGUUGCCAAUCUCCAUUCAACGGUCAUUUUGUUCUUCAUCGAACAUUGUCGCUUGUUUUCUUGUUUCCUGUUCAGUGGAUCGGAAUGGGAAAGAGCAAUGGAUCACAAGUUUCGAAUGAACGGCGAAAUUGGGGCAAAAUCUUCAAUGCUCUUACUCAAAUGCUACAGACCCAGCAAAAUCAGCUCGAAACACUCGUCAAGGAGCGAAAACUUCUUGAAGAUCGUGUUAAAAUGCAGCACGAACGAUGGGUCACUGAUAUUCGUCUUUACGACGACCAUAUCUCUCAGAUGAAGAACGAUUUGUUUGUGCAAGAUAUGGAACGCGCACUUCAAGCUUCAAAAUCAGAUCUGCUCACUGGAUUGAAGCAGAUGGAGGUCUAUCUCUACCGACUGAAAAUAGAACAUUCAGAAGCUGAGUUGGACGAUUUCAAAUCUUUUUUUGAUGAUCUCCUCUUUCAUAAAAGCUCCAGUCCACAAGAAACUUCUUUGAGAAGUUCAUCAGAAGCAGGCGAGGCAAAUGGUAGAAUAGAAGGUGUUUUGUUGUCAGCAUGUGGAAAUACUGAUGAAGAAAGACGUUCUAAGGCAUUGGAAGGUGAAGUAAGGAGGUUGAGGAGUGAGUACGAAAAGCUAGUAACUGAGAAGAAAUUCUUAUGGAACCAAUAUAAUCUUAUGGAAAAUGAUUGCACAAGAAAAUUGAAGAGCAAGCAGUCAGAACUUGAACUUGCAAACCAAAAGAUAGAGAAACUUCUAGCCUCAUUGGAAGAAUUACAAAGUUCAAGCAAUGAGAAGGAUGGCAUUAUUGCAAUGUUACAAACCCAAGUGGGGAAGAUGGAAACUGACUCGAGUAAACUAAAACACGAAAUUUCCCGACUCUCCCGUGACUUAGAACUGCAAAGGAAGUCUUUUAAUGCUAAUGCUACACCCGUGCUGAACCCAUGCAACAAGGCAGGAACUAAGGCAUUUAGCUCAGGAGGCAAAAACGGCACAAAGAACAGAAGUAACGUCAUUGUCAACAAAGUCAUGCUUUCGGCGCAACCUUCUCAUUCAGGAAACCAAAAGAGAAGAAGAGGUGAUGCUAAUUCAGAUCCUGAGACUCCAAGGUUGUUUACCUCUAAUUUCAAAGUACCCAAACUGAAGAAGGAAAUCAAGUUGUAGAUUGCCUAGAAUGUUUGUGGCCUCAAUUGGGUUUGGCUCUUGAUUGUUGUAUUUUCUUUCACCUGUGUGUUAAUAUUAGUGUAUUAUUGUUGUACCUGAAAAUAUUAGUGUCAGCCAUUACUUAUCCAAUGUAAUCUAUCUGAUUUAGAAUUUAGAAAUCUCUGUUUCAGGAGGCUUUUGACGCAGAAUUGUAAAGAUAUUGUGGGAAUAUCAACAAUAUAUUUUACAUCAAAGUACUUGUUCCUAUCCUUUGCUAUUCUAUGAUGCAUCUAUGUCAUAGUUAAGAUGCAGGUGACCACUUGGAGAGGAAUUAACGGCGGGUCCACAGCAAUAUCAGCAGCAGAAACAGCAACACCGCUGCGCCCCAAGGUGAGGUCUUUUCGGCCUCCUGAGCUGACCUGUUCUUGGUUCUCAUGGCAGUUGACGCAACCGAACCAGACACAAGAAGGGAAUUUGCAAUAAAGAUGAGCAAAAAUGGCAAAGCUAGUAGGAAGAGCUUGAAGUCGAAUGCCAUCUCCUGGGACUGCAACGAAAGCAAAAGAAGGACGACGCCGAGAAAGGCGAGAAGAGGCAUAGGCGGGAGAGACAUGGAAGCCAUUGUUCUCUCUGCCCAUCCAUACUUCCACUCUGGAACUCUUUCUUCCUCUGCCCAACUCAUGGUGUCUUCAGGUUAGAAGCUUUUCUCUUACUGUUUUGGUGUAACAAUCUGCAAAACAAACACAGAAUGUUCCUUUAUAAGUAAACUCCCAACCGACCUCUUUCCUUAACCAGAGACCUUGGAAGAUUUUAUAUGAUAUGUUUCAGACAGCUAUGGAUAAAUAUGAUAAGGCGGCGGUUAGGUCUGUUUU